UCAUGAAUAUUCAGUGUCCCUUCCCAUUCGCCCCUCUUGGUGUUAUGGCGGCUGCAGUACUGCGUCGGUUGCCGGGCCUGAUCGCUGUAGGAAGCAGCGCCUUGUGGCGGCCGGUACCCUGGCCUCAUGCUGUGGGGUGCUGUAAGAAAUCCACCAAAUACCUAGCUCGUCCAGAUCAACCUAAGUUAGCAUAUAAGAAAAUAAAAGGUAGAAGCCCAGGAGUCAUUUUCCUGCCUGGUUUUGCCUCAACUAUGAAGGCACAGAAAGGAUUGGAGCUUGAGGAUUUCUGCAAAUCACUUGGGCAUUCAUUUAUCAGGUUUGACUAUUCAGGAUGUGGUGCGUCCGAAGGAAAGUUCAGCGAGAGUACAAUAGGACAGUGGAAGAAGGAUGUUUUGGCUGUGCUUGAUGAACUGUCAGAAGGACCACAAACACAGAAAGAAAUAGAAGCAAAAGGAGAAUGGUACUUGCCAAACCUCCAAAAGGGUUCAGAAUUCCACAAGAUUCCUUACACCUUUCUUAAAGAUGCUGAAAAUCACCGUGUGUUGCAUAGUACCAUUCCAAUAACUUGUCCUGUGAGGCUUAUACAUGGUAUGAAGGAUGAUCAUAUUCCUUGGCAGAUCUCACUGAACGUGGCACAAAAUGUUCUUUCUUCGGAUGUUGAUCUUAUUCUUCGCAAACAUGGUCAGCAUCGAAUGGCUGAAAAAGACGAUGUCAAAUUGAUAGUAAACAUAAUUGAUGAUGUAAUAGACAAACUUAGAACAAUGGCAUAACUGUGAAGGUUUAGAAAUUAGUACCACACAUGUAAAUAGUUAACUGUACUCUGAAUGAAUGGAAGCCAUUUUCAUUGUUGGUUCCUGUGAAGUCAAUACUCUAUGCAAAACAUUUUUAAACUGCUCACAACAUCUGUUGUGAGCAAUGUACCUUAGAGAAAAAGUUUGUUCUCAGCAACUGAAAAUGAUGCCCACAUUUUGGUAAAUGGCCAACAUGAGGCAAUAUCUGAUCGCACGCCAUUUGAGCAGUGAGCAUUGCUUGUGUAAUCUAAUUCCUAAAGAUAUGUAGCUAUACCUGUUACUUUGUAAUGCUACAGCUGGUGGACUGAUUUUACUUUCCCAUUGGUCAUUUAAAUGGAAAUAAUAUCCCAUACGUGAUUAAUAAGAUGCGUCUCAAAUUGCUGCAUUUGUACAUAGGUAUGCUAGCAGUCUCAAUCAAAAGAAUCUAAUACUAUUGCCAGACAUAUUUGCUAACUACAAUUCAGUUUUUUUUUCUCUGUUCCUGUGUACAUAUUAUGCAUUACUUUUGAUAAUGUGACUGAUUUCUAUAAUAUCUGUGCUUUGAGUCUCAAAACUUGCAUUGUAUAAUAGUUGUGUUUUCUACUACUAUAUGCUGGGAACAUCCCUGGAAAAAAUAAAUUGCUAAUGUUGAUAUUUUAUAAAACUGGUUGUAGAAGUAAUAUAAAAACAUGCUAUUUCAUAAAUCAUUGGAACUUUGUCCAUACUUUCAUAUUAACUUCAAGAUUGGUGUCUCAUCAAGAAUGUUGCAUUGAGGAGAUAUUGAGAUAAAAUAUUUUGUCCUGAACAGCUAUAAUGGAUUUGCUAAAAUUUUUCAAUAUUUUUAGGAAAACUACAGAGUUACAUCAAAUAUUGCAGCAUAACAUAUCACCUGCCUUCUGAGACUUAGAUGCAGUUUGAUUUCAUAGUAAAUAAACAACUCUCGGUUAGAUAAUUGAUAAGAGGAAACCAUGAAAAUGUCUGCUGUGUAAACUGGAAGGCCAGCCCUGCGUGAAAGGGAUUUUUUUAUUUGUUUUCAAAAUACCUCUUAAUAACUUUACAGAUAGUAACCUAUGCAAUUUCAAGCACAUUGUCAGA